AUUGCCUGGAUGCGGAAGUUGGGGUAUGAGCUUCUGAAGCUGCUGCUCCUCUCUUUCUCUCUCUGAAUGAAGAUUAAGCUUCACCCCAGACUGCAGCUUCCGUUCUCUGUCCAACAUCUGAUAUGAGAAAGGGAGGCUUUGCGGGACAAAAUCUCAAACCAAACGUCACAUCACUAUCUGACUGAGGGGCCUGAAUCAUUGGCGCACACAUAGUUUUUGAAGUUUUGAAUCUUAACAGGAACAAGUAUGUGUGGUCUGUCUAUUUGCAAAGGUUUCAGACAUUAGUGUGACUGUGGGAGAGAGUGUCCCAGUGAACUGACUGUGGGAAAAGCUUUUUACAGUUACACAGAAAUAAAACCACACCAUUCACAGUGGCAGGAGACCGAAUACACUCUGUGUGUGGUUGGUCUUUCAAGCGAUUGUUAACGCUGGGGAGAUGGACAGGAUUCCCAUGUCAUGGAGAAGCUGUGGAAAUGCGGGGACUGUGGGAAGGAAUUCAAAUUCCCGUCUUUGUUGGAAAGCCAUUGCCGCAGUCACACUGGGGAGCGGCCGUUCACCUGCCCGGUUUGUGGGAAGGGCUUUGUUCACUUGUCCACCCUGGUGACUCACCAGAGGGUCCACACUGGGGAGAGGCCAUUUUCCUGCUCCGAGUGCAGAAAGGGCUUCACCGGUCCUUCCCUCCUGCAGAAGCACCGGCAGGUCCACACCGGGGAGCGGCCAUUCACAUGCUCCGCGUGCGGGAAGGGCUUCAGUCAGUCCUCCAACCUGCAGAGCCACCAGCAGCUCCACAGCGGGGAGAGGGCAGUUAGCUGCUCUUAGUGUGGGAAAGGGUUUCAGUCAGACUCCCCUGAGGCACUGAAUUGAUUCUGUGACCGUGUGAGUUUUAAUUGGAUCAGUGUUUAAUAAGAGGGGGAGUUGUGGUCCCGGUAAUGGGAUGUGGGUACAGUUACAACGUUUAAAAGAAAUUUAAGUAAAUGAAUAGGGAAAGGUUUGGAGGGACAUGGGCCAGGAGCAGGCAGGUGGGACUAGUUAAUCUGGGAUUAUGGUCAGCAUGGACUGGUUGGACCGAAGGGUCUGUUUCCGCACUGUGUGACUCCAUGACUACCUUAGGGAACAUGGCAUUUUAAGUGCUGACCAGUUAUGAGAGUCCCUACCUUCAUCACCCUCUCAGUUCCUUAAUUCGACCACCCUCAGGUGGUCAGAUCUCCUCUGAACUACUUACUCCUCACCUUCAACUUCUGCCCUCUGAUCUUCAAAAGAUUGUCAGUGUCAUUGUCCGUCCGUGCCUUUCUGAAUUUUGCACACCUCAUGCAGAUCCCCCCAUGGCGUCCUCUGCUCCUGGGU